CCAAGAAGAUUUUGGGUGAGGGUUUAACGCGCAAGAUAGAGAUGGCGAGUACAUCGCGGGAACUGGAACAACUUAUUAAAAUUAACGGGCCACGUAAAAUAAAAAAGGCCCAUAUUUAAGCCUACUAAUAUUAAUGCUUAUAAGAAACACGUGGCAGCUAUGGUUAACAGAAAACUGGCCCGCUAAAUAAGAGAACCCGCCCAAUAAUAAGCUUUCUCCUUUACUUCCGACUCACGCAAGAAAAUUCCCUAUAAAACCUCAUCCCCUGCGUUCUCUAACUACUUCUCACCUAUCUGACAUAAAAAGAAACCCUAAAACCUAAAGUCCAUACAGGAGACAUUCGAAGCCAAUCAUGCCUUGGGCAAAGUUCACAAAGGUGGCUCUAGGUUUAGGAGCUGCCAUAACGGCCGUGAGAUCAACAACGUACACCGUUGAUGGUGGCCAGAGAGCUGUUAUGUUCCACCGAUUCGAAGGGGUUCUAGAGGAACCAGUAGGAGAAGGGACACAUCGUAAGAUUCCGUGGGUGCAAAAGCCUUAUAUCUUCGACAUUCGGACUAGGCCCUACGAAAUCAAGUCCGACUCUGGAACUAAGGAUCUUCAGAUGGUCAACCUCACACUUCGUGUUAUGUUUCGCCCUGAUGUUUCGCGCCUCGCGUACAUAUACCAAAACUUAGGUCUCGACUACGGUGACAAGGUCCUACCAGCGAUCGGGACAGAGGUGUUGAAAGCGGUGGUGGCUCAGUUCAACGCUGACGAGCUCUUAACAGAACGUCCACAGGUCUCGGCUCUUAUACGUGAAACGCUGAUCAAGCGAGCUAAGGAGUUCAACAUAGUUCUCGAUGACGUGUCGAUCACGGAUCUCUCCUACGGUAAAGAGUUCUCGCUUGCGGUGGAGCGGAAGCAGGUGGCGCAGCAAGAAGCUGAGCGGUCCAAGUUCGUAGUGGCAAAGGCUGAUCAGGAGAGACGAGCGGCUGUGAUUAGAGCAGAAGGAGAGAGCGAGGCAGCUCGGGUUAUAUCGAAAGCGACUGCAGAGGCUGGGAUGGGGUUGAUUGAGCUUAGGAGGAUCGAGGCGGCUAGAGAGGUUGCGAUUACGCUCUCUAACUCUCCCAAUGUUGUCUAUUUGCCAAGUGAUGGGAAUAUGCUGUUUAAUUUGCAAUGAACGGUCCGAGCAAAGUUGCUGCUUGAAUUAGUUGCAAAAAAAUGGUGUUUAGUUCUAGGUUUUAUUGAUUUGUGUUUUCAUGAAUUUCAUAUAUUUUCUUUU